UUUUCAAAAGUAUGUCACGUUGACAGCUAAUCAGUCAUUCCUUUUUAUGUUUCUCUUUUACUUUUCAAAAUGCUCUUUAGUUCUUGUUAAUACGGCUCAUAUUACCGUAUUUCAAGUUAAUAUUUUACAAAAACAAAAUUUUGGAAAGCAAGUAAAGCAACGCUAGGUGAAGCCUAAAUAUUUUGGACCCCUGCAUAUUUUUAAACAACAAUGACUCUACAGGAAACUAUGAUAAACCAAGAACUUGCAAAUGUCGAUUUAUCGAAGGUAGCGGCACUACAGCAAAAACGGACGUUGGCAUUUGUGAAUCACUUUGUUCUGACCAAUGUACAGUUCCUCAAUAACUUUAUGAAGAAUUGUGAGCAGAAGCUGAUGGAGUUUGAAAGGAAACUGGAAAAGGUCAAUGCUGGGAUGGUGUUACUGGAAGCUAGGCUCUCAUCUAUACCAGAACUGAACAUUCCCACACCUACCACAGAGGUCCAGAAGACAGAAGCACCACCAUCAAUAGCUCCUACAGAACCUCAGAAUACCAGUCCGGUAACAGUAGACCCGCAGCCCCAACCAGAGGAACAGGCCCAGAAUGUUGACACAGUGGAGGGUAAGGUGGCCAGACCAGAGUAUGACCGUUUUGUCAAGAUGGUGCAGGUUGGAGUCCCUCUGCAAGCUGUCAAGUUAAAACUGUCUUUGGAAGGACUUGAUCCUAACAUCCUGGAUGAAAUAUUAGGUAAUAAAUAAUAAUUAUGUGUAAGUAAAGUUCUACUUUCAAGACAAAAUAAUAGUGGUAUAUCUUUUUUUUUAUGUUCACUUAGAAAGAGAUCUAUAGUUAAGAUUUUGAAUGUGCUUUGUACUAUGCUUGGACUAGAAAUGUUGUAUAGUGUAAGUAAAUAUUUAUGUAUAUUGAUAGUAAAUUAUUGUCAUUUAGAAUGGCCAAAUGCAGGUGUUUCUAGAGCUUUAACAAUCAUAUUUAGUUAUAUUACAUAUAAGUUAAAUAUCUGUAUACAUCUCUAUACUUUGUAAUAAAAUGUUACUCUUA